CUGAGCCACCCAGGCGCCCCUCAGGUUUCUUUUCACUGAAGGUUGACGCUCAAAGUUCAUGACUUCUUCAAAGCAGCUCCGAAUCCCGAAGGUGAGAUGGCUCUCACCUGGCGCCCACGUGUGCUCCUGUACCACUUGGCUGGGAACGGUCACCUGGGAAUCCUUCCAGCAGGUGGCUUCCAAAGUCCAACCUGCUAGGUUGAAAUCUGACACUGACAGAGGCUCCAGGCUCCCUGGGAGCUAUUACUGAAAGCUAAACCAGGAACCAGGAAAUGCACAAGCCUCUUUAUGUAGAAAAACAGCUGGGCUCCCUCGGAGGCGACGGAGCACCAUGGGAAACCAGCUCUGCUGCGGGGGACGCUGGAGCUGCCCAUCAACUUCCCAGAGGAAAAAGAAAAUGGGAAGCCAAGCAAGACAGACACUGAAGCAGCAGCAGCAGCAGCAGCAGCAGCAGCAGAAUGGCACCAAGGCCCGCGACACAACAGGACACACAUAUGAGCAGGUGUUAGAGAAGCCUGCGUCUCAGGAGAGGAGUGGAGACCUCGAGUCGCAGGAGAGCAGCUUGCAUUAUGCAGACAUUCAAGUGUACAGCUGCACCCAGCCCCGCUCUGCUCAGGAGGUGAAGCAUCUGCAGUUAGAAAAUGCCACAGAGUAUGCAACCCUUUGCUUUCCCCAGGCCACACCCCGAUAUGACAGCAAGAAAGGCACCUUGGUGUGAGCCUGGGGGAGGAUGGACCUGUUUCUCAUUGCACCACCAUUCAUGUGGGGAGGCGCUGCUUUGGGGAAUCGGCUGGUAGCCAAGGGAUGGGUGCCGCGUUUUAAACUUAAAGAACUCCAGAACCCCAGUGACUGCCUCCAGUCUUGCUCUCUCCUUUAGGCCUACCUUCAAUUUGCCACUGUGAACUUGGAGUUGUAUUUGGGUUGGUUGGGGCGUGGGGCCCCGCGGGGGUGGGGGCGGGAGUUCCACAAAAGGAGGGGCUAAGAGAAGCAUGCCAAAGUUUUUGACCCCUACCUUUGCUCUUGCUUUCAAGAAAAGCGCAGGAAGAACAGGUUACCCCAGCAUUUAAGCUGAUUUUGUUGGGCUUAAUUUAAUGGUGUCUCUUUUACACACCUUAAAUCCAAAGCUCUGGUAAAGCAUUCUGAAUUCUCAUACACAGCCCCCCCCCCCCCCCCCGGGGUGGCUUGGGCAAUUCCCUCAAUGGUUGGGUCAAAGGUUCCAGAACCUAAAAAGACAAACGAGGGCAGAGGUGAGGCAAGGAGGCAGCGAUUCCCUGACCACUGGUUACCCGAAUUUCAAGUCACUGACAGCACUGCAAGGCCCAGAAACUCCCCUUUGGCUGGACUGUUGGCUCUCGCAGGUGGAGAGUCGCUAGGACCAAUAAAUCGCAUAAGAAACGUG